CGUGAGCCAUUGCGCCCUCCGGCCCCACUGUAUCCCAUCGUGCCCUGCGUUUUUCGUCUGCGACCUCCCACAGCCCCGCCUCUUCCGGUGCAUGGCUGAUCAUGGCGCAGGGGCAGCGCAAGUUCCAGGCGCGGAAGCCGGCGAAGAGCAAGACAGCGGCGACAGCCUCGGAGCGGAACCGGGGCCCGAGGAAGGGCGGUCUCGUUAUCGCACCCAAGAAGGCUCGCAUCGUGCAACAGCAAAAGCUCAAGAAGCUUUCAGUAGUUCCCCGACCAAGGAUUGAACCCCGUGCCCCCUGCAGUGGAAGACGGUAUCUUAACCACUGGAUCGCCAGAGCCUCAGUCUUCUUCGACCUGGGUACCCAGCAACCUGCCUACCUCCAUGUCUCAGCCGGAGGGGGAAAGUGUCUCAUGGGCAUCUCAAGCUCAGUAUGUCCCCCCACUGUGCUCCCUGACUCCACCAUGAUUCUGCCACAGUCUCUCCUUCCAGAUACUCGGGAUUCCCCCUUUCUCUCACAUCCAGGUUGGAUCUCGUCCUUUUUGCCUUCAGGAUUAAUCUAGAAUCCACCCACUUCCCACCUCUCUGACCCCCCAACCUGGUCCCGUCCCAUCAUCUCCCACCUGGACCAGGGCAGUCACAUCCUCCCAGAUCUCCUGGCCCUGCCAUUCCCCAUAGCAGCCAGAGGGCACCUGUGAGCACCUGAGUCAGGGCACUUCCCUCCUCUGCUCAGGACUCUCGGUGGCUCCCACCUCACUCAAGAAGAGCCCAGGUUCUCCCCACAGCCCACAGGACCCGGCACACUCUACGCCUGUCUUUUCCCUGCCCUCACCUCCUCCCUCUCUCCCUCCAGCCUCACUGGCCCCUUAACUGCUCCUUGCCCCACCUCAGAACUUUUGCACUAGCUGUUUCCUCCGCCUGAAUUCUUCUCCCAGAAAUCUACACGGCUUCCUUCCUCCAAGUCAAGUCUGGCUGCAAGCGUUGCUUCUGAGCAGCUAUCCAUGAUGGCAACCCCACCCCAUCCCUUACUCAUCAUCCCUUGUAUUCUUUUCUCCAUAGCAGCACUUGUCAUCUGUCACCCUUCAACAGUUUACCAGAGGGACUUCACUGGCGGUCCAGUGGUUAAGACUCUGCACUUCCACUGCAGGGGGCGCCGGGUCCGGUUUGAUCCCUGGUUGGGGAACGAAGAUCCCACGUGCCACUGGGCGUGGCCCAAAAAAAAAAAAAAAACUGUUUACCAGAGUUUGUCACUGACAGCUGUGUUGUCCACACGCUCUGAAUGUCAGCUUCACGAGGGCAGAGGUUUUUCUGUGUCUUUACUGUUGUUU